GAAAAUGUAGGGGAAAUGAGAGGAUGACACUCCUCCCCUCCAUAUGUUGCUGAUUUUGCUCAGCAGAGCGCAUGCGUGUGUUUUUUCCACACGCUCUCAUAUCUAUUUCUCAGUGGGCGCGGUUUUUCUGUUCUUUAUCAGUUCUCCCUGCAGAAAAAAUGUAAUUUAUCAACCGCCAAAGACUGAUUCGUACACUGCCCAACACAUACAUAUCAGCAAGAGAAGUCCCACCGGAAGCGCCGCAGGCAUGGAAGCCAAUGAGUUGCUGAUGUGUGUGGACGUGAAAAUGGAUACGCGGGAGAAGCUCAUCGACUACCUGAAUCUGCGCACGUGGACAAAGUUCUUCCUGAAAGUGGAACCCAUCAGAUGUUUUCCCUGCCACCUGCGAAUUUCCAUGAUGCAUCACAAUGCAGAAAUCAGCUCAAAUUUAACCAUAAGAAUCAAUGUUCCCGGAAUCAAUGUACAAAUGGCGACAUCGCGCAAGAAGCAACACAUCUGCAGUCUCUCGUGGACCUACAAUCAGCGCUGCACGAUUUUCCUGAGUUUCGACUCUAAAGUGAGCUGCGAGAAGCACGUGAAGUGGCUGCAGAUGGCCAUCCAGGACCUGGAGCUGUACAGUCAGCAGUUGAUCGCCUCCAAGCGACACAGUAGAGCGUCCACAGUGGACGAGAGCGAGAAGCCCUCCCAGUUGUACGAGAAUAUCUGGGAGACGAGAGGCAUGCGCUCGUACGGAGAUACACAACGAACUUCUGGCAUCUACGAGGAGAUUCCCGAUGCCAAGGCACCGCGAGCUUCCAUUGUGUCAGGGAUCUACGAGGAGAUGCUGCCCGUGGAGACGGACGCGCAGAAGGUGGCAAAUGAAAUGCCACCGCCAUUGCCUCCGCGCACGCGAAUGAACACUUUCGAGAGUGGAAUUCCGCGCUCCUUCACGAAUCCAGAGUCUGAGGUGCUGAAGAAGAGGCGCUACAGGACGAUGCUGGACAAUGUGCUAGGACUGGGCAGGAGGACGUCGAAGGACAAGAAGGGAAAGAAGAGCGAAAGUCUCAGUACGAAAUUCCUGAGUUUGGACAUCACGCAAGGCAAGAGGAACAGCUUUUCCAGUCCCAAUCUCACCAAGAUGACCAGGAGUGUGUCAGAAUCCGAUGCCAUGACGCAAUAUCAGUGCGGCACGAGUGUUUCUGAUGACUUCUUCUGCCACGAGUCCUAUCUCAACACAGUGUCGUCGCAGCCGGAGACAAAGACACCCUUUGAGGAUGUCAUGGACGACAGGCGAUCGGUCAAGUCGUCAGUGGCCGAUCUGCUGCACGUGGAGACGCCUGUGAGUUCGCAGGAAACACUGCCAGAGACUGAGAAUGCUGACCAGUCAGUGAGUGGCGCGUUCAACAGCAUCUACUUCAAGUUCCAGGACGAGAGAGGCACUCCUGAUGGAUACCUCGAGAUGGGCCCGGCUGGUUUCGAUCGCGAGAAGGUGAAGGAGCUGGACAGGCUGGAGUCGCAGCAGAAAGUCGCCUCGGGCUAUGUGGAGAUGAAUGGCAGUGGCUUCAGUCCGGAGGCUGUGCAGGAGCUCGAUCGCCUGGAGGCCGCUGCCAGUGUUGAUUAUGUGUCCAAUGUGACAUUCUUGCGUGGCACCGAUCGGCCAGUGGAUCCCAGCAUCUCCAUGUCGCCGGAGGAGAGGAAUGAUCUGCAGCAGCAGGUGCGGCGGCGCGUGAACACGUUCGAUGAGAAGAUUCCGUCCUACUAUCCCAAUGAGAUUGUGCGCGAGGGUAAGAGACGCUACCAGAAGAGUCCGGAGGUCACGCGACAGACCAUGUAUGCCAAUGGGGAGGCUCAUCUGGCCAAGAGGAAGCCAAAGCCACGAAGUCAGCCCGAAAAGCCGCCCAUCAGCGACAGUCCGCCGCCGCCGCCGAGCGUUGAGAAUCGCCUGGAAGUUCAGUCCAUUGGCGGGAAGUGCGCCACAUUGUCACGAAUCAACAGAUGCUCUCUGCGUGCUGACUUGUCGUCGGGAUUCCGUCGAUUUGCGUCCCUGCCACGCUUCCGGAAGCUUGAUUUGGCACCACUAAAGGCCAAAAUCACGAAUGCGCUGCAGCGACAGACCUGAGGAUCCGCUCGAAUCCUGCGUCGCUGCUGCUUUCUGGUGCUUUUUUUAUGCUAAAAAAGAGGUAUUGUUUUAUUAUUUUUCUCUUUGUUGAAGUAUUCUUGGAAACUCUCUGCCUUUUAAAGCAUUAUAGCCUAUAAAGAGCGAAUGAAUCGUUGCUUAAUCAAUGUGCUUUCAUCGAUGAUCAAUUGACCAAAAAACAAACAAACAAACAAACAACGUAUCAAAGUUCUUGUAGACCAAUUUAAGUGUAUGAGCUCAUAAGGUUUAGAUGUUAGGAAUUGUCGCGUAACUUUAGGAUUAAGUAAAACAAUGAGAAAGACACAAAGUAUUGAUCUCAAUUGCUGAGGCGAGUUUAAAUGAAUUGGCGUGGAAUUUUGUGCGAUUCUUCCAUGUCAAGAGCUGUGAUUUUUUAUGUACAAAGCGGACAAUUAAAUCAAUUUAGAGAACAAUGAUAAGACCCUUUUCGGCGGAAUCACAGAGAAACACAUUUUUUUUUUAGUAUGAUAAAAACAAUUAACUACAAAUCACAUGAGUGAGACUGAGAUGCGCUAGCGAAAAUUGCAUUAUAUUCUAUUAUUAAAAAAUUGUCAAGGAGAGCCAAGCAGUGCUCCAAACAUUAUUACUCUCUUUUUGAUAAGUAAUUUGCGAGCAAAAAAAAAUUCGAGCUUCGAGAUAAAGCCAUAAGAGAGAGAGAGAAGUGACUAAUAUUGGAAAUUUUGUGACGCUUUAUGUGAAGUUGGCAAAUCUUUAUAUGCUCAAUAAUAUUUGUUUAAUCUUUCUUCCGCAAAAAAAGAAAAAAAAAUAAUUAGAAAGCACGGUCGGACAAGACGUUCUUUGAUAUUCUCACGAGACAAGAAGACAUGCUUUUUGAGGUGCGAAUGAGAGAAAAUGUGAUUAAAACUGAAAUAGAGAAAAAUAUGAAUAUUUAAGCAUUGUAGAAAAAUGCGUAAUUUACAAGGAAAGAAAGAGAGAAACACAAAUGAAAUACCGAAUAAAAGAUGAAUUGAGAGAAGAGGAGAAUGAGCUCUUGUUGCUUGUCGCGCUAAAUGAGCGAUUUACUUGCGAUGAUAGAUGCGGCAAUUAUGUAAUUCAUCGAAGGUCGUCACGGACGGAGGAUGAUGCUCCCAUAAAUCCCCCUUGUUUUAAG